CUGAACGGGAGCCAGACGCACAGGGAUUCUGUAAUUACGGUUGAGGACGGUUAACGGGCGCCGUUCGUCAAGCUGACACGGAUUAACCCCCCUAGCCUGCUCCUUUCUGAAGGUUUCCGACGGUUAACCACAAGCGCGGUGGUCGGCUCUGUUUGGGAAGCAGGCCGUCGUCUGAUUGGGAGCGGCGGGGGAAGUGCGCGACGCCCAGCCGGGUGCCAGUUUUAUGCGUGCCCGUCUGCGGCGUGCUGGGGGUACCUCGCCGUCGCCCUAUCGGGGGGUGACCCCCCCCCACCUCGGCUUCGUCCAGCCCUCAGGAGAAGUGUGUGUGUGUGUGCGUAUUGUCUGAGGACUUCCUCUCGACGAAACCUUCCUCGUUAAAAGGGGGUAAUGAAUGACUGAGCUGAGUGCCUUCUGUGGCCCGGCACUGCCCUGCCCCGGCGCACGAGAUAGGAAUCUGGACCGACGUUGUUUACAGCCUAAUUAGUCCAAUUUCCUGUGCUCCAGCCCAGAGAGGGGGUCAGUUCAGAGACGGGACGGAGGAGAGGAGAGGAGAGCGUCUGGACUGCUCUAGUUGCGGGGGCAGUGGCCGUCGGGCUGGAGCUUUGAACUCAGGAGGCUUUCUCUCUGGAGCGUUCGUUCGCGCAGGAAAAGGCAUUCCCCUGAAAUCGUUCCUCGUCGGCAGUGCAGUGUCAAGCGAGCGCUUCCAGCGGGCGGGCGGGGGGGUCGAAUCGUGGACUUCAGCGCUCCCGGGCCGCGGCGCGGGUCUGUGAUAUGGUGGGAGGGGAGCGGAGAUGAAGAAGCAGGCCAGCGCAAUCCCGCUCAUCUUCGUCACUCAGGCUGACCGGAACGGCGAUGGCAACGUCCUCAGCAUCCCGGUGCCGAUGCGUCGCGGCGGCUCGGAAACCAGCCUGGACCUGGACUCCUCGGGCGGCCCGGGCCCGGGCCUGGGUCUGGGCCUGGACUUCCACCGGGGCCGGCUGGGCAUCGACGGGCUCCAGCAGAAGAUCCUGAAGGUGACGGAGCAGCUGAAGAUCGAGCAGACGGCGCGCGACGAGAACGUGGCGGAGUACCUGAAGCUGGUCAACAGCGCCGACAAGCAGCAGGCCUCGCGCAUCAAGCAGGUGUUCGAGAAGAAGAACCAGAAGUCGGCGCAGAGCAUCGCGCACCUGCAGAAGAAGCUGGAGCAGUACCACCGGAGGAUGAGGGACAACGAGAGCAACGGCUCCUCCAACUCCAAGGGCUCCUCCUCCGCAAGGGAGGCCAAGGAGUCCUCCAAGGACAGCCUGAAGGACAGUCUGAAGGACAGCCUGAAGGACAGUCUGAAGGACAGCCUCAAGGACAGCCUGAAGGACGUCAGCGGCAGCGGUCGACACCCCUGCCUGGACAAGGUCAAGACCAUCGGGCCCGGCGUCUCCCUCUCGCCGCCCUUCUUCUUCAACAAGUCCCGGGAGUUCGCCAACCUGAUCCGCAACAAGUUCGGCAGCGCCGACAACAUCGCGCACAUGAAGAGCUCGCUGGACCCGCCCUCGUCCUUCCGCCCGGACGGCGGCGGGCGGGCCCUGAGCGGCAGCGCCACCACGGUGGCCAAGCCCAAGUACCCGAGCGACGACGAGUGCUCCUCGUCCGUGUCGGCCGACAGCAACGGCAACCCGGCGUGCGGCGCGGCCGAGGACGCCCCGGCCAAGCUGGCCGUGCUGCUGGACGAGGUGCGGGAGAUCCGCGAGGUGCAGACCCAGCUGGCCGACCACAUGGAGGCGCUCAAGGCCCAGUUCAAGCGGGACUACGGCUUCAUCACGCAGACCAUCGUGGAGGAGCGAUACAGGUAUGAGAGAUUGGAGGACCAGCUGAGUGACUUGACGGAGCUCCAUCAGCACGAGACCACCAACCUGAAGCAGGAGCUGGCCAGCAUAGAGGAGAAGGUUGCCUACCAGGCGUACGAGCGUGCCAGAGACAUCCAGGAGGUGCUGGAGUCCUGCCAGACGCGCAUCUCCAAGCUGGAGCUGCAGCAGCAGCAGCAGCAGGUGGUGCAGCGGGAGGGCACGGACGCCAAGGCGCUGCUGGGCAAGUGCAUCAACGUCAUGCUGGCCAUCGUCACGGUGAUCCUGGUGUGCGUCUCCACGGUCGCCAGGUUCACCACGCCGCUCAUGCGCAGCCGGCUGCACGUGCUCGGCACCGGCGUCGCCUUCGCGCUGCUGGCCGUCUUCUGGAAGAACUGGGAGCACCUGCAGCCGGCCCUGGAGCGCAUGCUGGCGCCCAGCUGAGGGGGAACGGGGGGGGACGGGGGGGGAGUCGACGGGCGCCGCGUCUGGGAUUUUUUCCCCUCCAUUGUGACGCCCUAGACUCCUGGAGCAAGCUCUACGGACUGUUACUUUCUUUUUUUUUUGCUUAGCCGACAGAGAUGGACUCUGGCUUUCGUCUGUUGAGGAGAACAACAAACUGUCACUGUGACUUUCUGACUGAGGCUGGUCUGCUCUGAGCCCAGAAUCUUGGACUUCACUGUUUGAGAAGGCAAACUUCUUUCGUGUAUUAAAAUUUUUGUUUUUCUUCAUGUUUUGCUGAGCCUUUCCCUGUCCACACCGCGUGUAGCAUUUUCUGCCAAACUAUGUGCUUACUGUAUCUAAUUAUGGUAACCCACACGUCUAUUACGUAGGACCAGUCAAAAAGUGCAAUAUAUUAGUUGUUUCUUUUUAAUUUUUUAAAAAGGGAUAGGAAUUGGUGUGCAUGUUUGUGAUUUUUUUGUUUUUCAUUGACAAGUACACAGCCUCUUCCUUGUUCUGUUUUGUCUCUGAGGCGUAUUUUAACUUGACCUGAAGGAGACUCUAUCUGGUUGGACAUCUCUCGGUUGGUCAAGGAAGGAAGUGAAAUGCGGAGCACCACUGUGACGGGGAUGUAUCUUGUUUUGCGAAAAUGAAAGGAAAGUGGAAAGUCCAGUGUUUGUCCAGACGGCUCAUAUAACUUUUAGGUAUCAUCAGUGGAAUCGCAAGGGCCUCUGAAAUUAUAUUGUGUGGAACUCUAAUGUCUUUUUUAUUGACAGUAUCUUAAGGAUUUUGGAGUAUUGGAGACUUGAGAUUCUCAUACAUUCGUUAGGUUUUUUAUUUUUAUUUUUUUUUGAAGUUAAGCAGCCAUGUUCUUUUAAUGACCCUGUUUUGUCUUAAGAUGCAGCGAGAUCGUUAAGUCGGACAUAAACGCACGAGAAUCAGAAUCAGCCGAGCCGAGUUUUGAACGUUUGAUAAUCGGUGUGAUAACGAGACGAGACUACGAGUGGACGGACCCCACAGGAAUAAUCCAGGUGACGGGUCGGAAGACGGAAAGCGUUUUUAAAAUCAGGCAGAAGAGAUCAGAGAGCAGCCUUAGCUGGUUAGCAGGCUGCAAACCAGGGAAUGUGGAGAUUUUAGCUGCUUCCCCAUUUAACAGAAAUUCUCAAGUGUGCGAUCUAUGUGUUUGUUAUAGUCUGAGUGUUCUGAUUCAAACUCUCGUAUACUGGUCCAGUGCAUGCAAUGAAAAUCUGAAUGCCAUUAGAUUCAGGUUGUAUGUAUGCAAUUUAUAGUCUAAUUGUCAUUCAGACACUGGUUUUGCAGUUUGUGUAUAUUUGCAGUAUUCGCUGUCAUCACAAUACCCGUAUUUGUGUGUAAUUAAUGUCAUUAUGUUUCUGGCUGCAUUUGUAUAUUUACUGGCUGAAAGUCAUUGGAUACUGGUUAUUUAUGUGUGUUUACAGUCUGAAUUUCAUUUUAUGUGUACAACUGACUGUCGUGUGGACACUGAACUUGAGGAGAUUAACUGCUUUAGUUGUGCUAGAGGCAGACUCAUUAGCUGACCUCACCACAGACAGGCUUGGCUUUACCGACAAAUGUGACUAAUUAGGUGGCAUCCAGGAGUCUAAAAAUGAUGCAUCUAACGGACAUUAUGUGUCUAAUUAAAAUGAAACUCAUUUAAAGGCAUUUUAAUUGCACAUUGUGACACCCACCUGCUGGUUUUAUCCAUUUAGAAUCUACAGCGGAAAUUUAUUGUAGUGAAUAUUUUGACUGCAGUUUCCACCAUAGCAAAUGGGGUUGACCUUUAUUCCUCCUGGUACUGUUGUUUGGUGUGAUUCUGGGUUCUUUAGUAGGGAUCGUUAGCAGCCGGUUCCAUGCGGCUCCGACAUUUAAGUGAGAUUUUGGGGCGGUUUUGAUUCGUUGUUUUUUUUUUUUUUGAUUAGCUUCGCAUAAUUUCUACUUCCUCGUUACUCUCUCCUUGUCGAGAGGCAGUAGUUGCCGAUGCCGGAAGCAGGACUUCUUGCGGACAGAAUUGUCCAUGCAUGCGAGGCCCGCUCAACUCAUCUUUUCAGCUCGUUAGGUUUGGGGAUGUCUGUGGAUGAGAUCAGUCUGCUGCCAGGCCCCUUCUACUAAGUCUUUAAUUAUUGCGUGUUGGAUUAAGGGGUUCACUAAUGACUUCAGGUCCCCCCCCCCCCCCGAAAAUAGCUUUCCACUGUCUGAGAAUUCCCUCCAUUAUAACUUGGUUCAAAUGGAUAAACCAAUAUUGCCUAAUAACUGUCUAAAAUUGGAUAUCGAUUACUAUGGAUCUAUGCCACAAAUGUAUUUACCAUGGGAAAAUAUUUCCAGUGGUAUGCACAACAACGUUUUUAUAUACUAGGCUUAUUUUAUCUGAAAGGGUAAAUAAUAUGAUAAUAAUAAUAAUUUUACUUUUUUCAAAAGGACAAUAGUUUUCCAUGUUGCUGAGGAAUCCCCCCCUCCCUUGGUGGGUUGCAAGACCUCAAUUUUGAAACUCCUGAGUUAGAUGAUUCAUGGCUAUAGAUAGAGCAAGUUUUUAUUUCUAUUUAUCCCUUCACAAUCUCUGACAUUGUUUGUGUUGGAUUAUCAACAUGAUGUUAUUGAGGGUUUUUUUUUCUUUUUGUACCACCCUUUUAAAGCUAGAUUCAGAGCAUGUCAACAUGGUGGCUUUUUGAUGUUCCAGAUUUGGAGAACUCUCGCCUUGUUGUUCAACAGUGCUCUCAUGUUAUUUGUUGAGUACCUUGUUUGUGUUUGAUGUCACCUCCUCUUUCUGCCUGGAGAAAGGCAUUUCUGGGUGCUGUUUCUCAGCCGAGAUCUGAUUUACAAUUCCUUUGGGGGGUGGGACAAGUCUAGGUGAAGUGCUGUUUGUCUGUGAAUGAAUGUGUACUUUUUGAAUGGGUUUGUUGUGUCCUGUCUUGAGUUGUUUUGUGGGCAAAUUUCUUUUUCUUUUGCCCCACUGAUUUGUGAGUUGGUGCCUUUCCCCUCUGCCUAUACUGACUCUCUCUAUCUGUCAUAUCUGUGAUUUAUUGCUCUUUUUGUUUGUAUGUGUAUGUGUGUUCAGAUUCAUUGAGUGUGGUGUUGACAUUACGUUCCACAGGAUGGGAAUCAAUGGCUGCUAUGCGCCCGUAUGCAUAUUGUUAAAGGUCCUAGAGCAGUGGUGACCAGUGCUGUUCCUGGAGAUCUAACGUCCUGUAUGUUUUCAUUUCAACUCUGAUUCGGCACGCCUGUCUCUGCGUAUUAGCAGCCCAGCGAGAGGUCUCUAGCUGUUGGACGUGGUGCGCUUUGUUAGCGUUCGAAUGGAAAAUUACAGGACCUCAGAUCCUGAGGAACAAGGUUGGGUGCCACAGCGCUAUUGGGUAAACCAGGCCUCAAAGCCGGGCUGUCUGGUUGUGUCAUUUCAUUUUUAUACAGUGAUUGGCCAGUUUGGUCAAUGUUCGCAUUAAAUCUGUCCCAGGGAAUAUUAUUUCUUUGUUUUUUUUUUUUUUUGUUUGUUUUUUUUGUGGCUUGAGCAUCAGGAAUAUUAUUUUUUUUCCUCAUGGAAAUGGAUUUGUACAUCUCGGGGAAAUCUGGACCUUGGGUUCCAGGUAAACUUUUUUCAAACAGUAAAUAAAUCCCAUUCCUUUUAUAAAGUUUGCCUGAAGUGUGUGCUUAUUUUAUUUAAAUAAAAGUUGGAUUGCUUUUGGAAAAUGUUGUGCUAGUGUGUAUGUCACAUUGACGCACUGUUACCAAAUUUAACAAUGGCAUUUGGGUCCUCACCAGUAAGGUGCCAUGCCUUGCCAUGCACCAAAGGGGUCAACACAUCUAAUUAAGUGCAGAACAUCAAAGGUAUAUUAUCUCCUUCCUGUCUCUGCUGCCAAUACUCACUCACUCACUCACUCAUACGGCACACUCACUGAUGUUACUUGUGAUGAGCUAAAAUGUGAACUAAUUAAAUAAUGGAUUAAUGAUACAGCAUUACAUGUGAAAUAAAAUGGUGCCUAAUGGGAUCACGGCACUGCAGGAAGAAUGGCAAGCGUCACUCUGAAAAGCCCUGUUAAUGCAUUACCUGGCCCAGCUGGUGAUGAAUCAUCCUUUGAAAUGAAGUGGGUAAUUUCAGUCCUCAUCAGCGGGGAAGUUAUUUUCUGGAUGUAGCCCUGCACAGUCAUAAUCAGUGGUGUAGUAAUGACAAGAGGGGGAAAAAAGCAGUGAUCUCAUAUUUUCCCUCAGGUGAUUGGUUGAUGCUGGUUUCCAUGGCGCCCCUCCCUGGGGACAGUGGGAUGUCACUAAGUAAACUACCAGCACUACAACAAAAGCUACUUGGCUUUCUAAGGAAAUUGCAAAAAAAAGAAAGAAAAAAAAAGCAUUAUUUUGGAGCUGGCGAUAGUUGAUGAAAUAUAACUGAAAAUGCAUAUUGCCCCCUUAAUGUAGAAUACAUUUUAUUUGGCAGAGACUUCUAUCCAAAGCGACAUGCAAUUAGUGCCUAACCAAGGUCAUUGGAAAUGAAAAAUACAAACACGGGUCUAAUAAAAUCCAGUUGGAUCAUAAAAUAGCUGCUACCCGCAGCCAUGAGCAUCAAGUCUAGUUCCCGCCAGUAAAUCUAUGGCUAAGUUCUUAAGCUUGAAGUGAGGCCUGAUUACAAAUUUACAAGCGAUCUGAUUGUAAAUUUGUACAAAACAAAUUUACAUACAAAACAAAAACUAGUAGCCCUGAAGUGCAACCGUGCACUUCGGGGCUACUAGUUUUUGUUUUUGUAUGUUGCAUCUGCACCUCAGGGCUGCACAUUUUUGUUUUUGUAUGUUUGUGUUUUGCACCUCAGGGCUGCUCCUUUUUGUUUUUGCAUUUUCUUUGUGUAUUUGUGUUUUGCACUUCAGGGCUGCAUGUUUUUAGUUUUUGUAUGUUGCAUCUGCACCUCAGGACCACUCCUUUUUGUUUUUGUAUGUUGCAUCUGCACCUCUGGGCUGAAAGUUUUUGUUUUUGCGUUUUCUUUUUGUUUUUGUGUUUUGGACUUCAGAGCCACCGUAAGGUUGAGCAGAAGCUACUGUACAUCCAGGUGGUUCCAUCUUGGUAGCUAAAAUCUCCACCAGGGAUUACAAUGCAUUCAUUUAGCAAAUGCUGUUAUCCAGGGCAACUUACGAUAUAGGAGACCAUACAUGAUUCACUUGAUUUACAUGAAUAAUGGCACCAGACCAGUCAAACAAUAUUCCCAUGCCAGAAAGUAUUAUGCAAAAUCAGCUGAAAAAGCAGGGCUUGAACCAAGAUGAAAUUUUCACCUGGAACGUAACGAGACCAGGCUCACAAUACCUACUGAUGUUGACGUAACUGACUGUUCAACAUCAUUUUAUAUGUAAAAUAAUAACAAUAAACACAUUUUUUUUGCAUAAUGCAAAUUUUAUUGAGAUGUGCUGAUCUUUUGUCAGUUUGGGCGUCUUAAAUUACUCAUAUUGGGCGUCUUUUUCAUUGUACAGCACUUUGGUCAGCUUCUGUUGUUUUUAAAUGUGCUUUAUAAAUAAACUUGACUUGACUUGACUCACAUUGGCACAUUCUUCUCAACACCCUUUAGUAGCACACCAUGAAAGUAUACACUAUUACAGCUCAUACCAUUGAAACAUAUCUGCUUGCUUUGGUUUAUGCUCACUUCCAGCCAACGGUCAAAAUGUAACACUUUAACACGAAGAUGGUGAUUUAAGUUGUAGUGUCAUGGAGUUGGUGCCGAGGGUUUGGGGAAUGCCUGCUUUUUCUUCAAGUGAGAAGUCAAUCAGUCCUCAAUCAGUCAGAACUGCUAGCUAAUGAAUACCAGCAGAUCUAAAAUCUAGAGGAGGGAGAGGAAGACCUGCUAGGUUUCAUUUAGUUUGAGGAUUUUCCUCUAAGCUGUAUAGAGACUAAAAAUUUACUUCAUAAUAUCUCCCUUUUAAUCCAGUUUGCAAUAUUUAAAAUUGUUCAUGAACUGUGUUACCAUUUGAGUUUUAGCAAACACCAAAAUAUGUUACUUGUGUGACUUCUCAUUUCUGUAACCUUUGUCAAUUGUUUUAAGGUAGCAGAACUUGUCUUUAGAUUAGACGUGAAUAUUUGUUGUAACUCAGUAAAUUUCUUAAUUUA